UGAGAAGUUUCUCUCCUGCACUGUUGCUUAACAGCCACAAAGCAAAACUCAGAAUGUUUGAUUGGUUUCCUUGCCUACGUACCAAGGCAACAGCAGAUAUGCCAGAGACUUUACGGAGCUUGUGAAAUGGACUAACAUUUCAUAUGGCGGAAAGGAAGCAAAAAUCCCAACUGGCAGAGCUUUUAGAUGAAGUGGAAAAGGCUCACAAAUCUGAGAUCCGUCUCUAUGUGUCAGGCCAUCUAAACCAUAAUAAACUCUUCAAGCCCCCUAAAUCUACAAAAUACAACUAUUGGGAGAGUGCCAAAAGAACCACCUUACGGUCUGCCAAGAAGGAUGCCCUUGAGGGAUCCCAUGAAGUGCUGGAAAAGGGCAGCAGCAGCAAGGAUGUUCCUCCAGUGCCCGUCCGUGCCAAAUCUGCUUCCCCAUUGGGUUAUCCGUCCCCAAUCCACCCGGCCAGCUUUAGAACACCAGUAAGCGUGUCACUCAGUACCGCUGCUUUCAAGCUACAAAAGAAGGAGGCUCCUGAGAAACCACAAGAUGAAGCCGGCAUAUUUCAAAAGCAGCUUAUACGAGAAGAGCUGGACAUUCCAGAAAUGAAAUUGUUGAAAUACAGACGACUCAAGAACAGCAGGCUUUGCGUCACGAAGGAGUUUAAAGAUGAAUACCGGUUCUUACCUUCCUAUUUGGCUGGUGUGACUAAAAAGGACCAAUAUAACAAGUUCAUGCAAGUUCAGAAGGAGUACAUUGCCAAACAGGAUUUGCUGGAGAAUGAUUUCAUUGGGAGCAAGUCAACAGAGCGCCAUGAAAAAAAGUUGGCCCAGGCACUCCAGAAUAUCUGUGACUGCAGAGGUCCACAUUUCUACCGAUUACAGGCUAUUGGUCAAGUGUUUGAAGAUAUCUGUAAUAGUUCCUUGAUAUUUGGUGACAUAUUGAAGGAAGUGAAAAAUGAAUAUGAGCUUUACAUGGUGAUCCUGCUGGAUUCUUUGCCUGCAACACAAUACAGAACCUUGCAAGAGCAAGUCAAAGGCCUGAAGAAAAGAAUGGUGAUGACUCAUGAAAUAGAAGAGAGCAGACAGACAAUACAGGACCUUGUGCAGAAAAGCAAAUUGGCUUUAGCAAGAAAUGAAGAACUUAGAAACAAAUUGGAAAUUGAACUUUGGGUGAGCCAGACAGGCAGAACAGCAACAAAAAAGGAAGAGGGUGACAGAGCAGGGGAAAAAGAAACUUCUGUAGCCAGUGCUGAGCUGCUGACAUCUCUGAGGUGCCAAAUCAUUAUGAAAUGGGAGGAAAUUCAAGCAAUUGAGAAAGAAAUUAAAAACACGAUGACUUUCAGUGGCAUUAUUAAUGCUAAACAAAAGACUGUGAAAGAAUUAGAGGCAGAAGCAAGCAAACUCGAAGCUUCAAACAAGUUUCUAAACAUACAAAUAAGGGAUGCUGAACAUAGUAUCAGAGCAGCACUAAGAAGGCAGAAGUUUAAUGAAGCAAACCAGAGGUGUUUGUGGGAGUUAGUGAGGGACUUCUUGCAACCUCUUGGAGAAGACAUCCUUGAAACCUCGUUUGGGUUAUUUUCUCAGACAUCCUUUCAUCUUUGACUUAAGUUGUAGGAUACAAAUGCUCCUAUGGAAAAAUGGAUGGUGUGAGAAUUGCAUUAAACCAUGCUAUUUGCAUAAAAACAAACAGCAAGUGGGAAGAUGGCCAGCAGAUUGACAUUUGAGAUCUCUACUGACCAAGAAGGCACUAAAUGAAGAUGGCUGCUGUAGAAUUUUCGUUGCAUUCUACCUUAAUAAUACAGUGAUUGCUAGUUAUGGUUCUGACUGAGAUUCUACCACCAUAUUUAUUAAUUGCUCAUUUAUGUUCUCCAUUGUCAUAAAUACUUGAAAAGUAAAAAUAUUUCUCUUUAAGAAGUAAAAUGACUGACAGACCAGAAUUAUGAACUUUAUUGAGACCUUUUAACAUUUUUCAAUGGAGGCAAUAAGAAAGAAAAUGCAUUAUUCGGUGUUAAAAAUUCCUCCUCCUCCUCCUCCUCUUCCUCCACUAUCCUUAUUGCUUUCACCUGUCUGUUGACCGUGUAAUUGAUGUCUCAUAAAGUGGUAUAUAUUUUUGCA